AACGCACCCUCCCAUUGAGCACAGUCUUGGUCUGAUCAAGGUACGUGGUGCUCUGUCUCAGCAAGCAGCACUGUGCCUUCAAGAAGGACAUGAUCAUGGCGCUAAACUGCCAAUCUAACAGUCAGGAGGUUCUUUUGAAAGAUGUUGAAGUUGGGACGGAGAAGAAGAACAGGUACCGGGGCUACCAGCUGGGAGCGACCGUAUUGAGCCUGCUCCUCCUGUCACUGACCCUCUGUGUGUUCAGCAUGAAGCAGUUCUGGUCUACCACCCCCGGACGGGUAUAUGACCUUCAGUAUAAAGUGGUGUUGGAUGGUGCCGAGACAGAGAGCAUGAUGGAGAUCGACCCCGCCCAUCGCAUUGAGAUCUUCAGGAUGGGAAAUGGGAGCGAAGAAGUCCUGGAGAUUCAUGACUUUAAAAAUGGAAUGACAGGGAUCCGGUUUGCUAAACAACAGAGAUGCUACAUCAAGAGCCAAACCAAGGAGCUGCCUGAACCAACAGCAAUGGAGCCCGAAGACACCGAGAUGCUGGCGGACGAUGCCUCGGUCGCUCCGGCAGAGGAAAUGGAGGUGUGGGUCCCGUCUGCCGAGCCCAUCGCCGACCGUGCCUUCCUGCUCGACUCAAAGAUCUCAGAAAUCUGCCAGCACCUCCCCGUGCACUGGAUCCACCCUUCCCCUCUGAAAGAUGUGGACUUCCCAGACACCGAGAACGCUGAGGAGAUGCCGAAGGUCAGAGGUCAACGCCAGGUCAGGGAUGUUCUGGGCCACCAGACCGUCAAUGACUAUAGAGAAGUCGGGAUCGAGCUCGACAACAGGCUGGACGAAGGGGGGUACUGCUGCCAGUAUUGUCGCCGCUCCCAUCGUUACUGCCGUCGCUACCACGAGCCCCUGGGCGGCUUCUGGCCCUACCCGUACUACUACCAGGGCGGCCGAGUCAUCUGUCAGAUCAUCAUGCCCUGCAACUGGUGGAUCGCCCGCAUGCUCGGAAGGGUCUGAGGAGGAACGUCCGGGUCGGGGGUCCUCACUGCUAAGGACAGCGUUCCUGUGGUCAGCCGUGGUGUUCGACACUACUUCACCUUAGCUUUUGUUUUUGGUUUCUGGUGCUAAUUGGUGCUACAACAGGAGGGGGGGGGGGGGGGGAGUGCUUCUGAUAUCUAUCACUUCAGGCUCUUCAAAGU